ACCAUAUAUUUUCUCCACACAGAAAUCUCCACAAACCCCACAGAACUGAAGAAUGAGAGUUUCAAACUGCGUCCUCUUGUUCUUCACUUCCCUGCUUAUCUUCUUCCCAACAAUCUCCUUCUCCAUAAAUACCUUGACUGCAACUAAUUCUGUCACUAAUGACCAAACCCUCAUCUCCUCCGGCGAUAUUUUCGAGUUGGGAUUCUUCAGUUCCAGAAGUUCAGACAAAUGGUAUGUCGGGAUUUGGUACAAGAACAUUCCUGAGAGAACCUACGUGUGGGUUGCCAACAGGGACAACCCACUUUCUAACUCCUUCGGAGUUUUCAAGGUUGCAGAUCAGAACAUUGUUCUUCUGGACCAAAAUCAGAAACUGGUCUGGUCAUCGAACAUAACGAAAGGUAGUAACACUGCUGCGAUGCUGUUGGAUUCUGGAAACUUGGUCCUAAGAGAAGCAGAGGAUCCCAACAACUAUCUUUGGCAAAGUUUUGAUUUUCCGACGGAUACCCUGUUGCCGGAUAUGAAGCUGGGUUGGGAUCUGAACAGAGAUUUUGACAGGUACUUAACGUCAUGGAGAAGCCCAGCAGAUCCAUCUUCAGGGGAUUUCUCGUUCAAGCUUGAUUACCGUGGAUUUCCGGAAAUUUUCCUUUGGGACAAUAAAAAGAUAGAAUACAGAAGUGGGCCCUGGAACGGCGUGAGGUUCAGCGGCACUCCGGAGAUGAAACCUCUGGAUUAUAUCCAGUUCAAAUUUGUCACCAGUCAAGACGAGGUGACUUACUCAUUCUCCGUCACGACCAAUAAUCUGUUCUCCAGGCUGAUCGUAAAUCCCAACGGGGUUCUUCAGAGAUUAACCUGGAUUCCGGACUCCAAACAAUGGAACCCAUUCUGGUACGCACCGAAGGACCAGUGCGACAAUUACAGAGAGUGCGGUCCGUACGGUAUCUGCGACACGAAUGCAUCCCCUGUUUGCAAGUGUCCGAAAGGGUUCGAGCCGAGGAACCUGCAGGCGUGGAAUUUGAGAGAUGCGUCAGAUGGGUGUAUGAGGAAGACGAAUUUGGAGUGCAUGGGAGACAAAUUCUUGCACCUGAGAAAUGUGAAGCUGCCGGAAACCACCUCGGCGUUUGUGGACCAGCAUAUAAGUCUUAAGGACUGCGGAGAUCUGUGCCUGAGGAAUUGUUCUUGCACUGCUUAUGCUAACGCCGAUAUCAGAAAAGGUGGCACGGGGUGUGUCAUCUGGUUCGGUGAACUUCUGGACAUCAGAGAGUACCCUUCCGGCGGUCAGAAUCUGUCUGUUCGACUGGCUGCUUCUGACCUCGUAAUGGAUGGAGAGAAUCAGGAGGAAGAUGAAGAGCAGAACCCAACUAAAAUGGAGAGAAGUAAAAAAUACAAAACAUCGGAAAACUUUGAUCCAGAUGCUAGAAGGGAUAGUCCUAGGGACACUUCGCUGGAAACUCCGUUGAGAAGCAUUGCAAACAGAGGAGAACCACAGGAGCUACCUUUGUUUGAUUUUGAUAGCAUAGUAGUUGCUACCAACAACUUCAGGAUGGCUAAUAAACUUGGGCAAGGGGGAUAUGGGCCAGUUUAUAAGGGAAAGCUACACGAUGGAACAGAUGUAGCAGUCAAGAGACUCUCUAGUAGCUCAGGGCAAGGCAUAGAAGAGUUCAAGAAUGAAGUCAGGUUGAUUUCCAAACUACAACACAGAAAUCUUGUCAGGCUAAUUGGUUGCUGUGUUGAAAGAGAAGAAAGACUACUAAUUUAUGAAUUUCUGGUCAACAAAAGCUUGGACAAUUUUUUGUUUGAUCCAAGUCCAACAAAAAGAGCAGAACUAUCUUGGGCAGAACGUUUCAACAUCGUCCAUGGGAUUGCUCGUGGGCUUCUUUAUCUCCAUCGUGAUUCUUCUUUAAGGGUUAUACACCGUGAUUUGAAGGUCAGCAACAUUCUCUUAGAUGAAAAAAUGAACCCAAAAAUUUCAGAUUUUGGAUUGGCAAGGAUCUUUGAAGGGACACAAUAUUUGGCAAAGACUCACAAGGUGGUUGGAACACUUGGCUAUAUGUCUCCUGAGUAUGGAUUGGCUGGAAUAUUUUCUGAGAAAUCAGAUGUCUUCAGCUUUGGAGUUCUGCUAUUGGAGAUUGUUAGUGGCAAGAAGGUUACCAGGUUCCUCUAUAACGAUGAAUAUCUAAGCCUUCUUGCCCAUGCAUGGCAACUAUGGAAUAAAGGCAAGGAGCUAGACUUAAUUGAUGAAGCACUGGCUGAUUCAUUUUCCUCGACUGAAGUAAAGAGGUGCAUACAGGUUGCUCUUCUUUGUGUUCAGGACCGUGCGGAAAAUAGGCCAACCAUGGCAGCAGUGAUUUCCAUGCUAAGCAGUGAAACAGAGCUUUUGCAACCAAAGGAACCUACUUUUACAUUCCAUAGUCCAUCAAAAUUUGAUCAACCUAAUGACAACACUCCAAGCUCCGUCUGUGAGAUUACUAUGUCACUUGCUGGAGGCCGAUAAUUUCUGAUUAGUGAAACCCCACUUUUUUACUACUACUAUUAUUAUUGUCAUUGAGAUUCAUUUGUUAGAUUGAAAUUAUAAAAUUUUUUUAAAAAAAAAGGAAGAAAAGAAGAAAGUGAUUCUACAAAAAUAUAUAAAUUUGAAAAUGUUGAAACAGCCUGUUGUUGGCAUCAAUUAUCAUCAUUUAUUUGAUUGUUAUUGGAUUCUCUGGUCUUUUAACCUGUAUAAAUUGAUUGUUAAAUU